CGCAGUGACGCAUUACGCACCGCCGUGUGGGAGUGACGUGCAGAGACGGGGUAACUCAGCGUUACAGUAUCGCAAGCUGCUAGUGGCUAGCAUCACUCUCCAUUCUGGUGGCGUCUACAACAUUUGUGUCGGUGUACCCUUCGUGUACAGGUGCUGAUUAACCUCCACAUUCGCCAUGAAUUUGGAACCAGCCAAGGCUGAAAUAAAAUCAGCUACUCGUGUGACAGGGGGACCUGCCACGCCUAGGAAAGGACCCCCAAAGUUUAAACAGCGCCAGACCAGGCAGUUUAAGAGCAAACCUCCCAAAAAAGGGGUGCAAGGAUUUGGAGAUGACAUCCCAGGGAUGGAGGGCCUGGGAACAGAUAUCACCGUUAUUUGCCCUUGGGAAGCCUUCAACCACUUGGAGCUGCACGAGCUGGCCCAGUAUGGCAUUAUCUAAAUACCCCUGUGUGUGUUCCUACCCAAGCCCUUUUCUGCAGGGAGAAAUCAUGUGUAACUUUACAGCACUCUGCUCUGAGGUCUGGGCAAUCAGCUUUCUGCCAUGACACAAGGCCUCACCACAUCCCAGCUGUUCUCUUCUCUACAUGUAUGUGAUGAGCUUAUGCAUUCUUCUAACAUGGUUGCCACAAUGUGAAUUUUGUAGAAGAACUGACAUUAUCCAAAUCGUAUGAUUUCUUUCCUUCUUGAUCACUAGCAGCCCUGUAUCCCUACAAGAUGAACAACAGGUUUCUUCUGAUCUACACUUUUAGCCAGCUUUUCCUUCUUCCUAACAUCUCUAAUUCUGAUUUUUCUAUAUCCAUUUGGUUAGUUGCUCUUUCAUUUACAUCCUGCCUAUACUGUAAUUCAUUCUCACCAUGCCUUUCCUAAAUGUCUUUGAUGCUAUUUUUUUCUCUCCUAUACUGAAAAAAAGCAGAGGCAGGGGAAAUGGGGUUUUGUGAAGCCAUCGGCACAACUGGCAUAUUUAUUGUGCUUAAAAACCACAGAUCAUUUUUUAGACAAGUGGCCCUAGGGCCAUUAUAAUCCCCUUAAAGGCCACAGUGGUAGCUCCAGGGCUGCUUGCGGCAUGUCCCAGUACUGACAGUGGAAACAGCAAACAAAAUGCUCUGUAGCCCUUAAUGCCUCAUCAACAUUUGAUUUUUUUCAGUCGGAUAAAAGUGCUACUAUGCUGUAACCCUGAUCCAAAAAUUUCAGCUUGUGAAAAACCCAAACCUUACACUCAUGUCUAGCUACUGUACAUACACAGUGUUUGGUACACGACAAAUGAUCACACUGAGCACAUACUCGUACCUGUCAAUGACCUUUCCUCUCCAAUAUUAUUUCCUACUUGUGUUGUGUCAGAAUCUCUUUCUGUGGUAUGCUAGUUCUCCAUAAUAAAUUAUUAUAUAUUUAGAUUGUGCAGUGUCCUUUUAUCUAUCCUUUCCCUGCUGUAUAAAUCCUUGGCUUUCUGAUCAUAAAUAAAACUAAUCUUUGUAUAUCCCCCCCCUGCAGCAUCUAGGUCCUUUCUCUCCUUGUAAUCUGAUUAUGUAAUCCUUUCACUGCACAACUGUUUUAUAAGAUAAAGAAUCACGUGUGUCUAAACCCUGUGGCAACAAAGGUGUGUUGAAAAUAAACACAGUGAUACAAAUGAUUGGGACCCUUUCAUUUAUCAGCUAUGACGUAAACUGAAGGGUUGAUAAUAAGAAAUAAUCACACGGAUACAUGAGAGAGUGUCUGUUGUUUUGUCUAAUCAGGUCAGACAGCAAUCAGAUUGACUGGAGAAGGAUCAGUUUGGAAAUAGGUUCUAUGUAUAUAUAUACUGUAUGCAUUUGAUUUUGUAAAUAAAAAUAACUGGAUUUCACUAC